AGAGGGUUAGAGUUAGCGAAGGGCGGGGACGCCACGCUUCCCGGUUCUUCCGGUUGGCGCCGGCGGUCUCGCAGUGCACGAGGCUUCACUUCGGGACUCUGGCCCCCCCAACAGGCUCCCAGUGUUCGGCUGGGGCGGGGCCCGCGGUGGCCGGCAGCUUCCCUGCCUUCUGCCUCCCUUGAGCCUUACCAGAUUGGUGCUUCUGGUGGGACGCCUCCCAAUGAGCAUCACUCACAGGCAUCCGGGGCACACUUCCCAUAACUCCCAGAGAGCAAGUUUCUAGAAAGUUCCAGCAGUGGGGAGGCGCCACAACUUCUCUGCCAUUUUGGGAAGUGCAGCCGCAGCUCCUCCGGCAAGGUCAAGACUUCACGACCACCAAAUGAGGAGUGACAAAGUAAAUCAGGCUGCAAGAAGGCAUCGAAGGAAAAGGAGUCGUUCCAGAAAAUCCAAGAGACGCUAUUAUUCUACGACAAGGCAGGAUGCUAGCGUCACUAACAAUGUCUGUGAAGAAAAGGUUAAAAAUGGCCAACCAACACCCGAUAAUGUCUUUCCAACUGUUCCAUCAGCGCUUAUUAAUAUGGUAGCAGCUGGUAUUUCAUCCCUGGGUUUCGGCGAUCAGUAUGCUGCAGUGACUCACAACAUCCAUGAAGAGAAGAUGAAUAACGGCCAACCAGCACCUCAUACUGUCUUUUCAACUGCUCCACCAGGUCUUGGUAAUUUGGCAGCCCCUAGAAUUUCAUCCACGAGGACCAGAGAUCUGUAUGCUACUGUCACUCAAAAUGUCCAUGAACAGAAGAUGGAAAAUGGCCAACCCCAAACUGAUAAAGUCUUGUCAACUGUUCCACUAUGCCUUGGUCAUAUGACUGCAGCUGGUAUUCCAUCCAUGAGUAUCAGGGAUCUGUAUUCUACUGUUCCUCAGAAUGUCUGUGAAGAGAAGAUAGAAAAUGAACAAAUGGCACCUGAUAGAUUCUUGUCAAGUGUUAUAGAAGGGCUUAUAAAUUUCGCAGGGGCUGGUAUUCCACCCCUGAGUACUGGGGAUCAGCAUGCUACCGUCACUCACAAUAUCAAUGAAGAGAGAAUGAAAAAUGGCCAGCCCCAACAUGACGCUACAAUCACUCACAGCGUCCAUGAACAGAAGAUGGGAUAUGUCCAACCAGCACCUGACAACGUGUUGUUGACUCUUCAGCCAGGACUUAUUAAUAUGGCAGCCACUGGUAUUUCAUCCAUGAGUACCAGGGAUCUGGAUGCUACCAAAACUUAUAAUGUCCUUAAGGAGAAGAUGGAAAAGGGCGAACCCCAACAUGGCAACAUCUCAUCAACUGCUCCAAUAGGACUUACUAAUGUGGCAGGAGCUGCUAUUCCAGCCAUGAGUACCGAUGGUCUGUAUGCCACCGUCAGUCACAAUGUCCAUGAACAGAGGAUGGAAAAUGACCAACCACAACAGGAUAACGUCUGGCUAAAUAUUCUAGCAUGGUUUAUUAAUAUGGCAGGAGCUGGUAUUCCAGCAAUGAGUACCAGGGAUCUGUAUGGUACCAUCUCUCACAAUGUACAUGAAGAGAAGAUGGAAAAUGGCCCAUCCCAAACUGGUUUUACCAUUGCUCAAAAUGUCUGUGAAGAAAAGAUAAAAAGUGACAAAACAACACCUCAUGAAUUCUUGUCAACUAUUACAGCAGGGCUUAGGAAUUUCACAGAAGCAGAUGCUGCAUUCACUCACAACGUCCGUGAAGAGAAGAUAAAUCACCGCCAAUCAGCACCUGAUAACGUCUUAUCAGUUGCUCCACCAGGGCUUGGUAAUUUGGCAGCUGGAAUUUCAUCCACGAGGACCAGAGAUCUGUGUGCUACUGUCACUCAAAAUGUCCACAAAGAGAAGAUGAGAAAUAUGCAACCAACACCUAAUAACGUCUUGUCAACUGUUCUACCAGAACAUCCUUAUUUGGCAACAGCAGGUCUCCCAGCCAUGAGCACCAGGGAUCGGUAUUCUACCAUCACUCACAAUGUCCGUGAGGAGAAGAUUAAAAAUGCCCAAACGGCACCCAAUAAUGUCUUCUCAGCUAUUCCACCAGCACGUAUUAAUAUGGCAGCAGUGGGUGUUUCAUCCAUGAGUACCAGGGAUCAGUAUGCUGCGGUCACUCGCAACGUCUGUGAAGAGAAGAUAAAUAACCGCCUACCAGCACCUGAUAACGUCUUGUCAACGGCUCUACCAGGACUUGGUAAUUUGGCAGCAGCUGGAGUUUCAUCCACGGGGACCAGAGAUCUGUAUGCUGCAGUCACUCAUAAAAUCCUUGAAGAGACGAUAAAUAACGGCCAAUCAGCACCUGAUAACCUCUUGUCAACUGCUCCACCAGGUCUUGGUAAUAUGACAGCAACUGGACUUUCAUCUACGAGGACCAGAGAUCUGUAUGCUACCAUCACUCAAAAUGUCUGCAAAGAGAAGAUGGAAAAUGACCAACCAACACCUAAUAAGGUCUUGUCAACUGUUCUCCAAGGACUUCCUUAUUUGGCAACAGCUGGUCUCCCAGCCAUGAGCACCAGGGAUCAGUAUGCUGCAGUCACUCACAAUGUCCGUGAAGCCAAGAUAAAUAACGGCCAACUAGCACCUGACAAUGUCUUGUCAGCUGCUCCACCAGGUCUUGGUAAUACGGCAACAGCUGGAAUUUCAUCCACAAGGAACACAGGUUUGUAUGCUAACAUCACUCAAAAUGUCCGCAAAGAGAAGAUGGAAAACAACCAACCAACACCUAAUAACGUCUUGUCAACUGUUCUGCAAGGACUUCCAUAUUUGGCAACAGCUGGUCUCCCAGCCAUAAGCACCAGGGAUCAGUAUUCUACCAUCACUCACAAUGUCCAUGAGGAGAAGAUUAAAAAUGCCCAAACGGCACCCAAUAAUGUCUUCUCAGCUAUUCCACCAGCACGUAUUAAUACGGCAGCAGCGGGUGUUUCAUCCAUGAGUACCAGGGAUCAGUAUGCUGCAGUGACUCACAACGUCCAUGAAGAGAAGAUGAAUAACGGCCAACCAGCACUUCAUACUGUGUUUUUAACUGCUCCACCAGGUCUUGGUAAUUUGGCAGCCCCUAGAAUUUCAUCCACGAGGACCAGAGAUCUGUAUUCUACUGUUCCUCAGAAUGUCUGUGAAGAGAAGAUAGAAAAUGAACAAAUGGCACCUGAUAGAUUCUUGUCAAGUGUUAUAGAAGGGCUUAUAAAUUUCGCAGGGGCUGGUAUUCCACCCCUGAGUACUGGGGAUCAGCAUGCUACCGUCACUCACAAUAUCAAUGAAGAGAGAAUGAAAAAUGGCCAGCCCCAACAUGAGGCUACCAUCACUCACAGCGUCCAUGAACAGAAGAUGGGAUAUGUCCAACCAGCACCUGACAACGUGUUGUUGACACGUCCACCACGACUUAUUAAUAUGGCAGGCACUGGUAUUUCAUCCAUGAGUACCAGGGAUCUGGGUAAGUUUGUGUAUGCUACCAAGACUUAUAAUGUCCUUAAGGAGAAGAUGGAAAAGGGCGAACACCAACAUGGCAACAUCUCAUCAACUGCUCCAAUAGGACUUACUAAUGUGGCAGGAGCUGCUAUUCCAGCCAUGAGUACCGAUGGUCUGUAUGCCACCGUCAGUCACAAUGUCCAUGAACAGAGGAUGGAAAAUGACCAACCGCAACAGGAUAACGUCUGGCCAAAUAUUCUAGCAUGGUUUAUUAAUAUGGCAGGAGCUGGUAUUCCAGCAAUGAGUACCAGGGAUCUGUAUGGUACCAUCUCUCACAAUGUACAUGAAGAGAAGAUGGAAAAUGGCCCAUCCCAAACUGGUUUUACCAUUGCUCAACAUGUCUGUGAAGAAAAGAUAAAAAGUGACAAAACAGCACCUCAUGAAUUCUUGUCAACUAUUACAGCAGGGCUUAGGAAUUUCACAGAAGCAGAUGCUGCAGUCACUCAGAAUGUCCGUGAAGAGAAGAUAAAUAACCGCCAACCAGCACCUGAUAACGUCUUAUCAGCUGCUCCACCAGGGCUUGGUAAUUUGGCAGCAGCUGGAAUUUCAUCCACGAGGACCAGAGAUCUGUAUGCUGCAGUCACUCAUAAAAUCCUAGAAGAGAAGAUAAAUAACGGCCAAUCAGCACCUGAUAACCUCUUGUCAACUGCUCCACCAGGUCUUGGUAAUAUGGCAGCAGCUGGACUUUCAUCUAAGAGGACCAGAGAUCUGUAUGCUACCAUCACUCAAAAUGUCUGCAAAGAGAAGAUGGAAAAUGACCAACCAACACCUAAUAAGGCCUUGUCAACUGUUCUCCAAGGACUUCCUUAUUUGGCAACAGCUGGUCUCCCAGCCAUGAGCACCAGGGAUCAGUAUGCUGCCGUCACUCACAAUGUCCGUGAAGCCAAGAUAAAUAACGGCCAACUAGCACCUGACAAUGUCUUGUCAGCUGCUCCACCAGGUCUUGGUAAUACGGCAACAGCUGGAAUUUCAUCCACGAGGAACACAGAUGCUACCAUCACUCAAAAUGUCCGCAAAGAGAAGAUGGAAAAUAACCAACCAACACCUAAUAACGUCUUGUCAACUGUUCUGCAAGGACUUCCAUAUUUGGCAACAGCUGGUCUCCCAGCCAUGAGCACCAGGGAUCAGUAUUAUACCAUCACUCACAAUGUCCAUGAGGAGAAGAUUAAAAAUGCCCAAACGGCACCCAAUAAUGUCUUCUCAGCUAUUCCACCAGCACGUAUUAAUAUGGCAGCAGCGGGUGUUUCAUCCAUGAGUACCAGGGAUCAGUAUGCUGCGGUCACUCACAACGUCCGUGAAGCGAAGAUAAAUAAUGGUCAACUAGCACCUGAUAACGUCUUGUCAACUGCUCCACCAGGGCUUGGUAAUUUGGCAGCAGCUGGAAUUUCAUCCACGAGGACCAGAGAUCUAUAUGCUACCGUCACUCAAAAUGUCUGCAAAGAGAAGAUGGAAAAUAAUGAACCAACACUUAAUAACGUCUUGUCAACUGUUCUCCAAGGACUUCCUUAUUUGGCAACAGCUGAUCUCCCAGCCAUGAGCACCAGGGAUCAGUAUUCUGCCAUCACUCACAAUGUCCGUGAGGAGAAGAUUAAAAAUGCACAAACAGCACCCAAUAAUGUUUUCUCAGUUAUUCCACCAGCACGUGUUAAUAUGGCAGCAGCAGGUGUUUCAUCCAUGAGUACCAGGGAUCAGUAUGCUGCGGUUACUCACAAUGUCCAUGAAGCGAAGAUAAAUAACGGCCAACGAGCACUUGACACCAUCUUGUCAACUGCUCCACCAGGGCUUGGUAAUAUGGCAGCAGCUGGAACUUCAUCCACGAGGACCAGAGAUGCUGCAGUCACUCACAAUAUCCGUGAAGCAAAGAUAAAUAACAUCCAACUAGCACCUGACAACGUGUUGUCAGCUGCUCCACCAGGUCUUGGUAAUAUGGUAGCAGCCGGAAAUUCAUCCAUGAAAACCACAGGUCUGUGUGCAACCGUCACUCAAAAUGUCUGCAAAGAAAAGACCGAAAAUAAGCAACCAACACCUAGUAACGUCUUGUCAACUGUUCUCCAAGGACUUCCUUAUUUGGCAACAGCUGGUCUCCCAGCCAUGAGCGCCAGGGAUCAGUAUGCUACCAUCACUCACACUGUCCAGGAGGCAAGGAUAAAAAAUGCUGAAGGAGCACCCAAUAAAGUCUUCCCAACUGUUUCCCCUACACAUAUUAAUAUGGCAGCAGCGGGUGUUUCAUCCAUGAAGACCAGGGAUCAGUAUGCUGCAGUCACUCACAAUGUCCGUAAACAGAAGAUAAAUAAUGGCCAACUAGCACCUGAUAACGUCUUGUCAACUGCUCCACCAGGUCUUGGUAAUAUGGCAGCAGCUGGAAUUUCAUCCACGAGGACCAGAGAUCUGUAUGCUACCGUCACUCAAAAUGUCCGUGAAGAGGAGCUGGAAAAUAAGCAACCAACAUCUAAUAACGACUUGUUGACUGUUCUACAAACACUUACAUUUUUGGCCAAAGCUGUUCUGCCAGCCAUGAGCACCAGGGAUCAGUAUUCUACCAUCACUCACAACGUCCACGAGGAGAAGAUUAAAAAUGCUGAAGCAGAACCCAAUAAUGUCUUCUCAACUAUUCCCCCAGCACUUAUUAAUAUGGGAGCAGCUGGUGUUUCAUCCAUGAGUACCAGGGAUCAGUAUGCUGCAGUCACGCACAGCGUCCGUGAAGAGAAGAGAAGUAACAGCCAACCGGUACCUGAUAACGUCUUGUCAACUGCUCCACCAGGGCUUGGUAAUAUGGCAGCAGCUGGAAUUUCAUCCAGGAGGACCAGAGAUCUGUAUGCUACCGUCACUCAAAAUGUCCGUGAAGAGGAGCUGGAAAAUAAGCAACCAACAUCUAAUAAGGACUUGUUGACUGUUCUACAAACACUUACAUUUUUGGCCACAGCUGGUCUGCGAGCCAUGAUCACCAGGGAUCAGUAUUCUACCAUCACUCACAACGUCCACGAGGAGAAGAUUAAAAAUGCUGAAGCAGAACCCAAUAAUGUCUUCUCAAAUAUUCCCCCAGCACUUAUUAAUAUGGGAGCAGCUGGUGUUUCAUCCAUGAGUACCAGGGAUCAGUAUGCUGAAGUCACGCACAGCGUCCGUGAAGAGAAGAGAAGUAACAGCCAACCGGUACCGGAUAACGUCUUGUCAACUGCUCCACCAGGGCUUGGUAAUAUGGCAGCAGCUGGAAUUUCAUCCAGGAGAACCAGAGAUCUGUAUGCUACCGUCACUCAAAAUGUCCGUGAAGAGGAGCUGGAAAAUAAGCAACCAACAUCUAAUAACGACUUGUUGACUGUUCUACAAACACUUACAUUUUUGGCCACAGCUGUUCUGCCAGCCAUGAGCACCAGGGAUCAGUAUUCUACCAUCACUCACAACGUCCACGAGGAGAAGAUUAAAAAUGCUGAAGCAGAACACAAUAACGUCUUCUCAACUAUUCCCCCAGCACUUAUUAAUAUGGGAGCAGCUGGUGUUUCAUCCAUGAGUACCAGGGAUCAGUAUUCUGCAGUCACGCACAGCGUCCGUGAAGAGAAGAGAAGUAACAGCCAACCGGUACCUGAUAACGUCUUGUCAACUGCUCCACCAGGGCUUGGUAAUAUGACAGCAGCUGGAAUUUCAUCCAGGAGGACCAGAGAUCUGUAUGCUACCGUCACUCAAAAUGUCCGUGAAGAGGAGCUGGAAAAUAAGCAACCAACAUCUAAUAACGAUUUGUUGACUGUUCUACAAACACUUACAUUUUUGGCCACAGCUGUUCUGCCAAGCAUGAGCACCAGGGAUCAGUAUUCUACCAUAACUCACAACGUCCAUAAGGAGAAGAUUAAAAAUGCUGAAGCAGAACCCAAUAAUGUCUUCUCAACUAUUCCCCCAGCACUUAUUAAUAUGGGAGCAGCUGGCGUUUCAUCCAUGAGUACCAGGGAUCAGUAUGCUGAAGUCACGCACAGCAUCCGUGAAGAGAAGAGAAGUAACAGCCAACCGGUACCGGAUAACGUCUUGUCAACUGCUCCACCAGGGCUUGGUAAUAUGGCAGCAGCUGGAAUUUCAUCCAGGAGAACCAGAGAUCUGUAUGCUACCGUCACUCAAAAUGUCCGUGAAGAGGAGCUGGAAAAUAAGCAACCAACAUCUAAUAACGACUUGUUGACUGUUCUACAAACACUUACAUUUUUGGCCACAGCUGUUCUGCCAGCCAUGAGCACCAGGGAUCAGUAUUCUACCAUCACUCACAACGUCCACGAGGAGAAGAUUAAAAAUGCUGAAGCAGAACCCAAUAAUAUCUUCUCAACUAUUCCCCCAGCACUUAUUAAUAUGGGAGCAGCUGGUGUUUCAUCCAUGAGUACCAGGGAUCAGUAUGCUGCAGUGACGCAUAGCGUCCGUGAAGAGAAGAGAAGUAACAGCCAACCGGUACCUGAUAACGUCUUGUCAACUGCUCCACCAGGGCUUGGUAAUAUGGCAGCAGCUGGAAUUUCAUCCAGGAGGACCAGAGAUCUGUGGUGUAUUAACAUGGCAGCAGCUGGUAUUCCAGCCAUGAGUACCAAGGAUCUGUAGGAUGGAAACCCGCUAACCCCAAAAUGAUAACAUCUUAUCAACUGGUCCACCAUGGCUUGGUGAUAUGGCAGCAGCUGGAAUUUCAUCCACGAGGACCAGGAUCUGUGUAUGUCUGCUUCUUAGUUGUUCCGUCCUACUUGGUUUCCAAAUAAACAGGCAUAUUUUCAUGAAGGGUAGAAGGUUGGUUUGUUGUAUAUUUUUUCCUAGCCUCAAUUUGAGGGGUAUCCAAUGGCUGCCUGGCAUAUGCUCUCCUGCAUUCUUAGAUAAUUUUACAGCAACUGGCCAUCAGAAUGAUAUGCUUGUGGGGUUGACAUAAUGCACUUAACUCACAGUUCAACCUCCUCAUUUGGUUUCCACAAUCUAUCAUGAAUCACAAUGUCCGUGAAGAGCAGAGGAAGAAUGGCCAAACACAAAUGGAGAAUGUCUCGUGAAAUGUUCUAUCAGGGCUUAUGAGAUGGCAGGAGCUGGCAUCCCAGCGACGAUUACCAGGCAUCUGUGUGUGUUCUUUCAUUAGUUGCGGUGUCCUCCUUGGUUUCCAUAUGCAUGUGUAGUAUCAUGAAGGGUAUAAGGUGGUUUUGUUGAAUUAUCUUUCCUGGUCCCAAUUUGGGGGGAUUUAGAUCAUUAUAUGGUGUAUUCUCCUGCUUUACGGGAUAAUUUCCUAGAAACUGAGUAUCAGUGAGAUAUACAAGUGGGGUUGACAUAAAAUGCACUUACCUCACAG